GUGGAGGAACACGCGUCGCGUGACGUGGCCGAUCUUUUGGCGCCGUUUCACUUUUCGUACUCUCUCUCUCUCUCUCUCUCUCUUCUGCGCACUCUUCUCCACUGAUUCCCGAGAAAACAAAUUUCAGAGCAGGCGUGCGAGCGAAGGGAGGGUGCGAGAGGGACUGUCGAAAUGGAGAAAGCCGUAGGGUUAGGGUUUCUGUGAUCAUAUAUUGCGAGUUCUGUGGUGUUUCGAGACGGUUUUUCUCCUUAGUUUGUUGAAGAACAAUGUGGGACCAAUUGCGUGAGCCAAGUUGCUUUUACGAGCGUCGAGAGGUCGAAAUGAAACUUCUUCAGAGCUUCGUAGCAUUCAAUAAAUACAUUUUUUCUGAAGCAAUGAUGAACUUCAAGUUGAUUUUUAAAGGUGGUGGUCCUGGAGGAUGAAAAAUCCAUUAGUCUUCUUAAAAAAAAUUCCAAUGGACGCAAAAGAAUAGAUGGCUGCAACUCUCAGAUACAUAUGUCUUGUUUAGUGCACGUUGUCCUCAUUAACUGAUGAACUUCAAGUUGAUUUUUAAAGCUUGUGUUUCUAUUGUUGAAACUGCAUGUAGGUUUAAGCUCCAAUAUGGUGUUUUGAACUUUAAAUUUAAGUAUAACAAAACAACCAUUACAUUAAUGGGUUGUGAAAAUUUAAAGCCAAUACAUAAAUUCAACUUAUACUGUUAUUUUGGCUGGACAUAUCUUGGAAACUCUAGCAUUACCACCGUGGAAUUAUUUCAUGCAAGUUAUUGGAAGACUUGAUCUUAUCCCAUGCUCCCAUUUAGGGCUUCAAAACAAACCAAGCUAUCUGAGCUUGGCUCAAGCAUUUAGAUCCUGUUUGGAGUAUUGUUUGUGAACAUAUGUGCGAAGCUCAAUCACACCUUUGAGCUCAUGAAUUUUUGUGCUCAAUCUGAGUGUGAUAGUUUUUCUUAGUAUGACAAUUAACUUUUUCUAUAUAUAAAAUUAAGUUUUUCUCAAGCUAGGUUUGAGAUUGGUUUGGGUAGAAGCUCUUUUGAGCUUGUCAAUGGUAUAAAUGAGCCAAUCUCGGUUUUAUUUUUUAAUCUGCCUAGUUUCUCAGGCUGAGCUUGAGUGGCCCACUACUCUGCUCAACUCUGUUUUUACUCUGUCUUCGAUGAACUUCAACAAACUUCUUCAGUUAAUUGUAACGUUAAAGAUAUGGAAAAAAUAUUUAAAGUAUAGAUGUGAAAUAACUGUGUUUGAAUUAAGGUGGCUGCUUUUGGAAAUUUAAUCCAAACCUACUCUAUAUUUAUGGAGUUGAUUUUUGUUUGAAUGUGAUUGCUUAUCUAUUUCAGCAGGUAAACUUGUUUUUCAUUUGGGAACUCUAUCUCAAUGACGUGUCUUCUGUUAGUGAGGCCACUGACUUAGGAGCCUAAAUGUGUUUGGCAGGCUCACCCAUAGAAGAACUCUAUGUAGGAUCAUGUAGCCCACAUCUUUUUUUACUUGCGGCUAGAACUCAAAUGUUUAUUCUAGGUUUGCUUGGUUCCACUGAUGCUGAUCCAGUCUUUUCAUCGCUUUCAAAGGAAAAAGGGAGAAAACAGAAUACCUAACAUUUUGAUCCGGCAUUGGCUCCCUGGCUGAUGACUCAUUUUGGAACAUGACCAUGGGCAAAAGUGAAGACAAGACUAUUAAAUCUGAGAAAGGAUCUCCAACCAGAAAGGAACAUAUCAACAUCCACAUCUAUCCUGACUGGGCAGCAGUUCAGGCAUGUUAUGGUCCUGGAAUCCCUUUACCACCACCAACCCAGAAUUUCAAUCCUGUAGUCCCGGCUGGUCAAGUUCCUCACCCGUAUGCGUGGGCAGCACCUCAGCCACUGAUGCAACCCUAUGGUGUGCCCUACACAACAAUCUACUCGCAUGGAGGUCUUUAUGCUCAUUCUGCAUUUCUUCCUGGUGCAACUCCAUCAAGCCCAGAUGUCCCUUCCAAAUCGCCUGAAAAAAUGGAUCAGCACCUAGCAAAGAAAUUGAAAAGCAUGGACAGGCCUGCAGUUCCAGUUUGCAAUGAUUGUGCCAAGGUUGAUGCUGGUGCGUCAGUCCAUAUGGCAACAUUGAGUGAGGAACAAAGCGUUGAUGGUUCCAGCGAUGGCAGUAAUGGAGACGUUGGUGUGCAGCAAACACUGAGGACUAGUGGUUCCAAGGGCAUGUUAUCCACCGCACAAUUGAGUUCAAUGUGGAAGGAAACAUUGCCUACAGCAUCCAAUUUUUUUGAAAUAAUAAUGCUUACUCCUCACGUUUCCUAUAUUUCUUUCCAAUUUUCGUUUGGCAGUGACACACAACUGGGCUGUGCCGUUCCUGAAGGGCAAAGAAUUGCAACCUAUGAUAUUGCUGUGGUUUCUGCCAGUGUCUCAGAAAAAUCAGUCAGACCUUCAAACUGUGGCACAGCUAUGAGUGCAUCUCAUGUUGGUUCCAAUGCUGGUGCAGAGUUGCCUUCUGCUGCCUGGGUGCAGGAUGAACGGCUGUUGAAACGAGAGAGGAGAAAGCAGGCUAAUAGAGAUUCUGCUAGGAGGUCUAGGUUGAGGAAGCAGGCUGAAAAUGAGGCACUGAUGGUGAAUUAUGAAUCCCUGAAUGCGGAGAACAUGGCCCUCAAGUCUGAAAUUAAGCAACUAACAGAAGAUUCAGAAAAAUUGAGGCUAGAUAAUGCAGCAUUAAAGGACCUAUCAUCGGGGAAGACGAUUGGCACUGCUAAAGCGUAUGAGGGACUCUACUACUUUGAGGAGGAUAAGCUAAAUAAUGCAGAAUUAGAACACUCAGGAGAAGUGGUUUCAGACCGGGUUGAGCCAAGUUAACCCCCUACCUAACAGUUCUGAGAAUUUUGUAACCUUAAAUUACUCGGACUCGGUUAGCAUGAUCAUGCAAAGGGACCAAGCUCCUUCGGUUCUUGGAUUCAACUCGAGCUUUCUGGUUGAUACUUUUGCUGCUUGCUUAUCAGAAACCAAGGGAGUUGGUAUUAUAUGUACAAUCCAGCAAACCACUAGAUUUUCAUUUUGUUUGCUCAGAGUUUGAUGGUAGCAAGGGCAAAUUGUGCAGAGGGCAUUUAUAAUAUAUUUUUUUUCUUUUUUUAAAAAAACCUUUUAUUGUUUGCAAUGUUGAUUACAAGGAAUUAAUUUUCAAUUUGCCUUGGGUUUCU